AUGGUGGAAGGAAGCAUAUUGGGCUCGAUAUCCGAUCUGGAUACCGUGUCUUUCAAUACAGCUGACGAGGUGAGGCCCAUGGUGCAGUUUGCAAAAGCUUUGCAAAGCUUCAAGAACGAGCCAUCUUCCGUUGAUUUGUUUGGGAUAGUCCACGAUUUCGGUAACAUUGCCGCCUCAGAAAUCCUUGCUGGUGAAGAUGAAGGAUUGGCAAACGAUGCCAUAUCUAACUGGGUAUUGGAAAGUCGGUUUUGGGCCCUCGUUGAGAUCAUCAUAAAAUACAGGUUUUCUGAACGCGAUUCACCGGUGGAAAGCUCUAAAAACUUCAACGAGUUUACCUCUCGAUCGAUUUUACAGGACUGGAUUUUACAGAGGAAUCCGAAUCUGCGAGAACUGUGGUUUGUGAUGACGUGGCUAGCGGAUGCCCUCAAGCUAGACCCAAUAGACGAGGAAGAUGACGUGGAUGUUGAACAACUGCAGCCUUCCAAAUGGAUAUCUACCAAGGCAGAGCUUCAGUCUAACAAACCCCGGUUUGUGAAGAAUCUGGAUGCAGAUGCCCCGGUUCGAACAAACUCCCGUAUAAGUGAUUCGGAUGCCAACUCGGAUAGACUGUUCUUCAAGAAGGCUUUCCAUCUUUUGCUUGAACGCGACGAGGAGGAAUUGGCCAAGGUUUCCGAAUUGACGAACAACUGGACUUUCUCAAUGAUAAUCGCGGGUACCCAGGAUUAUAUUGACCCUCUGAUUGAUGGUUCUUUCCUUGCAGAGGACGAUUCGAUGGAUCUGGACACCAGACCUAUUGGAAUCAAGAACAGUCUGUUGUGGAGACGUACUGUGUUCAACUUAUCGCAGCAAAAAGGCUUGAACGAUUUUGAAAGAGCCACUUAUGAAUUCUUAUGUGGAGAUGUUGAAGUUUCUGCCAGGGUCACUAAUUCAUGGGAGAGACAGUUAUUGCUUUACCUCAACAACAUUUUCAAAUGCGAGAUGGAAUCCCAGCUCGUUGAACUGCUAAAGGUAAAACAACCCAACAGCGAGGAAUUAGUCGUUGUCAACUCAAUGAGAGUUCCUACCAAAAGUUUUUCAAACUUGACGGAAGUGUUGAGUGCUCUAGCAUCCAGUGGAAACGAGAUUGUUAAGACGCAAAGUGAGCAUCCAAUCAGGGUAUUGGCUGGUUCUAUACUUACAGAUAAUGUGGGGUCAAUUCUCGAAAACUCUCUUGAUCUGAUCAACCAGACUAUAUCCGGUGCUCAGAGCUCGUUGCUGACCAGUAACGGUUAUCUCUUGAGAAUGGUGGUUCAUUUUGCCAUAUUUAUGAGGCUUCUGGACAGCAGUUUGUUGAGCGAUACCGACUUCACCAAGUUUCUGAGAAUCUACAUCACCAGAUUGUCUCUUUACAAGCUAUUCGAUGAGAUCCCAUUGUACGUGUCGUUUAUGCCUGACGAGUCAGACAUGAUAGACAGCUACUCGUUUUUCUUGUCCAAUAUGGUGUUAGAUCCUAAAGACCGUUCCAGGCAACUUCAGUUGAUCCGUGAACUCGGAUUGCCAUUGGAAGAUAUUUUGAAGAGAACUGUUAACAGAGUGUUUGAAGACACUAAUGAUCACUAUUCUCCAUCAGGGGAGAUCGUCCUUCUGAAAGACCCAAACACGACCAGUAAAGUGGACAUCAAAUUGUUCACAUCUGUUCUUUGGUUGGUUGAAGAAAAGAUGUGGACCGAUGCUGUUGAAGCUACAAUUGUGAUCAUGAGACGGUUUUUGUCUAGGGGUAAAGUUGGCUCGCUCAUAAGUUUCUACAAUUCCAUGGAAGACCUCAAUUUGUUGUUAGAUAACUACAAGCUUCACCACUCAGUGAUUUCGGAUCAUUUUGGCUCGGAAGGUACACCCAUAGUAUCCAGGGCCAGACUCUUGAGUUGGUAUCAAGUUGAAGAACUCCAUCAAAACAUCAAAUUUAUUCAGACAUUCAUGAUGCUGAAUAGUCACGAAAAACUUUCUCAACUGGAAGUGAAAACUGCCUUGGAGAAAACCAAUUUGCUUGGCUCGGCACAAGAGCUUGACCUGGAUGUCAGAGAAAGAGCUAUUUCAUGGUACUAUGACUUGCUUCAAGGCUCGUACCAUCCUCCUGAAUACGACCUCCAGGUGUAUCAGGACUUCAGAGUGAUGUAUGUUCCGUUCAUGAUUGAGACGCUGUUUGGUGUGUUGACUUCAUCGAAGAAUGGUAUUCUCAUCAAACAGGGUAUCGAUCUCGUGAACCUGGUGAGCGACGAUGCAUACCAAUUGGACCAAUUAUUUGUGCAAGCUGACAAACUGGAGUCUUUCCUUAACAGUCUGGCCAAUGUCUCGAUAUCUGCAUUUGAAACGUGCGAAAACGGCAUCUACGAAUGA